UUCAGCCACAGCACAAAGAGAAUUUUCCUUCACUGGCUUAAAGCACCCCACUGCCACCAGCUCUCUCGUAUGCUGGUUAAAAGGGAGCUCCCUUCAUACAGCAGAAAUCUGUCACAGAAAGGCAAGCCCUAAAAACAUGGUUUCAUUAUAAAUAACUCACCAAUGCAUACCAGUAAGUCUGCCAAUCUAAUAAUACACCAUUUUCCAAGUAACCUUUGCAGAGAAGCACCUGACAUAAUCUACCUGUAAGCACGGGAUCAGCAGUAAGUGAAGCAGGACCGAGGAUUCAGAAAACCCCAUCACACAUCAUUGCUGCUUUCCCCCCAUGGUGCACUAAACCAUAAAACACCGAGGGAAAAUGCCACUAACACAGAGGGAGGGGAAGGUAGAGAGAGGGAGCUUACGUUUGUUCAGCUACGCCUUGCUCCCUCCCCUCCUGAAAGUGAACAAAACAACAACAAAAAAAAGAGUUGCUGGUUGCUGAUGUCAUCCAAGAGCUAACAUAAAUCACUCACAGCACCACCAGUACAGGCACAGGAGCAUAUAACAGGGAUGUGCAGGCAGCGUGCUGCCCAAUGUGAAGCAAGCAAGGGAGGGGGGGGAAAGGACAUGAUUUUUUUCCUCUAUGUUCUUUGAAAACCAAGGCAACAGCACCUUUAGACAAGAUGUGGCCCUGCCUGAAUUUAAGUAGAAGAGACAAAGAAACCAUGCACCAGCAGUGCCGUGAGGAAAAAGACAGGAGCGAGCAGUGAGAACUCAGUCCCAGGAAUCUGAAGGGAAGAGAAAGCAAACUGGCAACAGAGAGCAUGAAGCUCCAGUAACUCCUGAUGAAAACGAUGCAGAACGUUUGGUGCCUGUUCAUUCAUUUCCUCGGCAUCACCACCCGACAGUCCUGGUCUGACAUUUCUCCCAGGAGGCAAUGAGUGCUAUGAUCCCCACAGCAUCCCCUGUGCUGCAGCAUCUCAGCUGCCAUUCUAGGAAGCAAUAAUUCCUUUGGGAAGGGGGAUCACUGCUGGCAAAGCCAAUACACCACAGCAACACCGCAAUGGGAAUAACUGUCCAGAACAUCACAGGGAACACAGCGAUGGUGAUUUGGCCCAGAAUGGCCAGCUGUGCCGACAGCUUUUACAGUGUCAUGUAUCACCCCAACUGGAACAGCGUGCUGUCCAGCUACUCCAGGAAGAGUUUCCAGAGGGAGGAGAGGGUGCCUGCCAGCCGCUCCUCAUUCGUGGUGGAAAACCUCACCCCGCUGACCACGUACCUCCUGUGCGUCACCUGCCAGUCCGCCAGCCCUUCCAGUGACCAGUGCCAGGUGUUCAACACGCUGGAACAAGACCCGGCAUCUGCUAACACCACCAAGAAGGAGCUGGCAUUGGGCAUCUGGCUGGCCAGCAGCCUCCUGCUGCUCAUCAUUGCCGCAAUCCUCCUCUACGGCUGCCUGCACCUGCUGUGCCGUGCUAGGCGUGAGCGGUCACAGGGCCAAGCCGGGGCCUCCCAGAGGGAGGCACAUGACUUGGAGGAGCCCAGCAGGCAGAGCCAAGUGCUGCAGGACAGACAGGAGAGGCAGCCAGAUGGCAUCCAGCUGGCCACCAUCAUUGAGAAUCCUGCAGUCUGCAGGGAGCCUGGCCAGCCAGUCUCCAGCAGCCGGGAACGAGCGCCAGCAGCAGGACAGUGCCCUGCUGUCAGUUGGGAACCAUAGGUCACGGCAGAGCUGUACUCCCAUCUGUGCCUGCUACCUUUGUGGCUCUUUCCAGUGCCCUACACAGCCACUGAUGCCCUGGGUGAAAGCUGAGGUUCCCCAGAAGUUUGCUAGUUAAAAAAGAAGCAUGGAGCAAGCCAUUGGCUUGCAUCUGGGGGCAGAUUUGGUUGCUUUCCUUCCAUAGAAAUGAGCAAACAGACAUAAAAACAAACAUAGACAGUGACCAAGUUAUUUUUUUUUUCUUUUUUUUCUUUCUUUUUUCUAAGAAAUACAAACAAGAAUAGAAGUUUCCACAUGAGAGCUCAGUUUGCCAUAUUGAAGCACACGCCCUGAGCAUGAGAGCUUGCUGGUACACGUGUCACUGCCCAAUUCUGACCACUUCUCACUCGCUCUCAAUAGUGCCCACUCUCAGCAACGGCUCAGUCACAGCACAUCAGCUACACUCAUUGGGUUUUCAUGGUGUCCUUUCAUCUCAGAAAUCUCCACUCAGCUGGACACACACAGUACAGCACCUCUGCAAGGACAAUUCCAUACAGCUUAAGAGAUGCUCCAGGCUAACCUUACUUGGCACUCUGUGGCUCCCACCAGAGGCUCCUUUCCGCACUGCAGGCAAGUGACUUCCCGCAGGGGCAAUGCAGUUCAGAGAAGCAGCUCCUGGUCCUUCCUCCUUUUUUGACAACAGAACUCAUCCAGCAGCUGCCAGCUUCCAACCACAUUCAAAGUUUUGUACAGCCAAGGGGCAAGGAAGUAAAAACGUGCUGAAAUGCAUUUCCUGUUUGUAACAACCAAAUCUGCUCCUCAUCUCACUCUGCGUUGGACUUCAUGGCAAAGUAUCAAGCAAAGUCCUCAGACAGAAACCUGUUCACCUUUGCAAAAUGAUGAAUCUUGUCUCGUUUAUGUGUAAAAGUCACCCUGCUUGAAAUCUCUUUACAUUCCCUAAAAACGUAGUAAAUCUUUGCAUCGCUGUGUAACAUGGUCUUUCUGAAAGAAGGAUGCACUCACUGUGCCUGCAGGUAUUUUAAGCAGCCACUGGCACAGACAUCCACGUACAGCCUGCCCCACUGACACAGCCUGGCUAUGCCAGCAGAGGUACAGGGUGGGCAGCCACUGGGCCAACAUGCAUCCCAGCAGGCAGUGUGGCUCAGCAGCUGCUCUGUUCUGACCACAACUCCCACAGCUUGUGAAAAACCUCAACCCUCGUCUUGCUGGAAAAAUAGAUGAGCACAUCUAAGCAUCAGGCUGCUUUACUUUUUUCUCCCAGGACAAGUGAAAUAUGGAGAAAGGUGUGCCAAAAAAACAGGAGAGUAUUUCUUCUCCAGAAAAAACCACCUCAGAAGGCAUCUUUGUUGCAUUAAGUUGGCAACGUGUUCUCCAUCCCUGCACAGCACCUCCUACAGCUGACAAGUGUUUGUCUGACACCAAUCUUAAAUAAACCAUGAAGAUGACAGCACUUCUCUGUUGUUUGAAGUCAGGGUGAAUCAUGAAAUGCACUGAUAAACUCUUCAGAAUGUAAGGGAAACACUACAGGUUUGCUUCCAAAAAAGGAUGAGGGUGGUGGGCAAAGAUUUGAAUUAAUAAUUCAGCUGAUAACAAGAUGCGGCACAGUGCAAACUGGUGUCUAUUUGCACACCAACACAGAUA